UUCUACCGAAGAAAUUUAAAUAACAGUAAAAAACUGUUGUAAAAAUUGAUAAAGGACGAGAGACGAGAUGUUUGCCUACAUAAAAUUGAUAGCUGAAAAUAAAUUUGAUACGAUUCCGUUCACCUUGAUACACAACUAUGACAAAAUUCCGUUGCCACCGAAUAAAAACAAGCAAUAUUUUGUUCAUUAUAAGAAUGAGGAACCAAAAUUAGCUGUGCUCAUUUAUGUUGAAGAAACAAUUACGGAGUUAGAGAAGCUAAUUGCAAGCAGAAGGACUAUAGUUCCAACUCUUCGAAAUCUGGAAACAGCUUCAGAGAUGAGCGAUAAUAAUGAAAGUAACUCAAAACCAAAAGUUACUUUAAACUUUAAAAUAAAUCCAGCUGUCAACCAGCAAUUAGAGCAGUUAAGGACUAAGUUAGCGAUUCACUGUGGGCAAAAUGUUUGGAUUACAGUCCAAAAUUAUAACAAUGCGAAAGCUGCAGCUGGAACUGAUGCUAUAUUUGUUAAAAAUAUAGCUGUUGAUAUAUUUACUCGAGAAGUAUUGAAAAGUAGCAGCGUAACCGGAAAAAUGAGCAAUAGAACUAAAGCUCCUGCAAAACCGAAACUAGAUCCGCUUAAAAUGCUUGCUGUGCGAGAUAUUUACAGAUAUUAUUUGAAAGAACAUAGACAAUUAUCGGAAGAUGAAAUAAAUGCUAGGAUUGACGAUUAUACAGAUUAUAUACGGGUUAAAAUUUCUGAUUUAGAGAGACCAAAAAAAUCAACACGCAGUGAAGGAAGUGAUAAAAAAGAAGAUGAAAAAAAUAAAACUAGAAAUAAUGCACCUGCCUUAAAGAAAAAAACAGAUGAAAGCUCCAGUGAGGGUACGUCUUUUAGUGAGAGCAGUACCGAUUCGGAAGAAGAAAGUGCGGAUUCAGAGAGUAAAAGUAGUGGCGAUGAACGUACAUUAAAUUGAAAUUUUUUUAUCUGUUUAAAACUUUUGAAAUAACUUAAUCUAUACUUGUUCUUAAAUAAAUAUUAAUAAUAUCACAGCUUACCAUUGUAACUAAUAAAUGUUAGUAAAAAAAAAUUUCAUGCUAA